UAAAGGUUUGGGUUAUAUGCAUGUAGUUCAGUUGACAGCAUUCGAUAGGAGUGGUGACAAUCAUAUACGGCAAUCGUGUGGACUGUUUCAAUCAAGGAGAAAGUCAUGACGGGUAUCAGAAUCUUUUGCAGUCUUGUCUUGCUGAUGACGACUGGAUUGUCAGAGUGUUCUAAAGUUACGUAUUUCAUGUACGACAAAGGCGCCUGCGUAUAUAGCCAGGACGAUCCCAUUGACCUGACUGACAUCGUGUCUUACGGCUCCUCCGUGGUUGUCAAGUCCCAGUCUGACGAAGAUUACGACCGGGGCGUCAACUGCUCACUGGUACUCACCUAUCGCAACCCGGCGCUUUUCCAUGUCGGAGGGGGCGGGAACUUCGUCCGGUUGAAUAAUAAUGAUUGUCUGACGCUAUACGACGGCGCGACUAGCGAGGCUAGUCUAAACCUUCACCGAUGUGGCUAUUUCUACGGUAAAGCUAGCUUCCUGACGACUGGGCCGGCAAUUCUGAUACGUUUUACAACCGUCAUUUCUGGUGACUUGCGUUAUCGAGGAUUCACGUUUGACAUUACGCCGAUUGAGGUGGAAGCUAACUUCUUCAUGUCUGACAACUGUACAUUAGACACAGUGGUUCGUCCGGAUACGGCCAUCUGGCUUCACACCAACCGGGACGACCUCAACGGCAAACCGAUGGACUGCACCGUGACCCUUCGCACCGACCCGGACUAUAUGUUCUACGCCCGAGUUCAAUCGACAGCCUUUGUGACCGGUUCGGACUGCCUAACUUUCUAUAACUCCAGCUGGGCUGAUGGCAGUUCAUACAACGACGGCGUAUGCGGUAAAAACGACCGCAAUGAGUAUUUCCAGUUUCAAAAUAUGGGACGUCUCCUUACGAUAAGGUUUGAGACGGAUGGACGGAUCAAAGGACUAGGAGCAGCGAUGGUCAUUGAUGCUACAUCAGAGGUUGUCUGUGAUUACCUGUAUUACUACAAGUGCAACGACGGUAAGGCGUGCUAUCGGAAAUCCCAGCAAUGUGACGGCAUCGUCGAUUGUCGUGAUGGCAGCGACGAGAAAAACUGCACUUUGGUUUGUCAUUCUGGCGUCAAAUGUGUCUUGAACGACGGCACCACAGACUCAUGCGUUCCUGUGCUGUCCAUGUGUGACGGGGUGACUGAUUGCAUAAAUGGAGAAGAUGAGACCGAUGCGCGUUGCGACUGCGAUGGCCUUCAUUGCCUGAAUACAUGGGGACAAUAUCAGUGCACGGAACAGUAUAAUGUUUGCAACGGCUGGCAAAACUGCAAAUUUGAUGAAGACGAAGACACUGCAUUGUGCAGCAAAGAUUGUCCCUCUAAGUUUUAUUGCUACAAUUUCACGGGCGACUUUGAGUGUUUGCCGUCUUCUGCCAUUUGCAAUUCUAAGCGUGAUUGCAUGAAUACUGCGGACGAAACCUCCUGGUUAUGCACUAAUUGCCCCUCUGAUGUUCAGUGUGAUACGGGCUUUGGUUUUCAAUGCGUUUACGAGACCGCCCUCUGCGAUGGGUUCUCUGAAUGCCUUAACAAGGAGGACGAGAACAGCGUACUAUGCGCACCUCCGCUCCUCUCGUACUGGUCUUCGGGUCAGCUAGCUGGUAUCUUCAGUGGAUACGCCGUCUUCGCUGUCAUCAUUAUUGGCAUCACGUGUCUCAUCCCAAAGAAAUGCAAACCUGAGGAAGAGUAAGAUCAUGCAUUAAUGGGCAAAAAAAGAAAGUGCUUGAAAAGAAUCGCAACGCGGUGCGAACUGAAUACUGAAAUACUGCUGCCCUCUACUAUUUUGUAAAGUUCCCAUUUCUGAAAUACAGUUGUCAAGAGAAAUGUGUAUUGCAAAUCUACAGCUUUUUUCAAUGAAACUGUAGCAGUCAAUCCAUAAAUAUAAAUUUAAAAAAACGUAUCUAUAGAGUUUAAAGGUAUAGUAAAUACUCUACAUAUUGGUCUUUAUCUUAUCUCAUUCCAGGUUGAACCACUUUUCAAAUUAUCUUGUAUUUAAUAAAAGGCAUUCACAUACCAAGAAGGUGUGUGAAUGCUUUUCUUAAGAUACCUGAUCUGAAAAAUGAACAAAACAGAUUUUGAUUACAAUAUUUGGCGUAACUUUUAAAACAGGUCCAAAUCACACAGAACAAAAAUCCUGUCAAGGGUUGUGAAACACUUUAUCAUCUCAUGUUAAUUUCUUUUGCAAAACCGAUUUAGCAUACUCAGACAAAAAUGUUGUUUGACUUGCUACAUUAAAAAAAAAAAGCUGUAUAAAGGAUAUAAAACUAGCUACUUCACUUAUUAACUAAAAAACUUUCGAUACUAAAUGCAAAUGCAAUGUGUGGAUUUUUAUGCAGUUAAGUUUUUGAUGAUCUUUUGGUUUGUUCAUUCUGAACAUACUUACUUAGAAUUUGUAAGCAGGUUCUCAAUUAAUUUUUUUCUAAGGAAUUUUUUCUUUCUAUGAUACGAUUCUUCAAAAAAGCCACAUUGAAAAAUGCAGCUGGAUGAAUACCGAAAGCUCUGAUAGAACUUAUUUCCGUAAGUGCUGAUGACAAAGAAUCAACUCAGAAUCAUAAAUAAUUCCCAGCAAAGGAAUCUUCAUGCUAUUAUUAAAAAAAAGUUAUUUACUGUGGAAACAUUUCAAGGGGCAGUCUUUAUAAUGCACAAGCAGCCAUGAUUUGUCGGUAAUAUAUGAUAUGACAAUAGAGAACACUUCAUAGAGGUAACCAGUCGAGCGUUGUAACGACCGGUUCAAUCUAUUCGACAUGUUUACCGCUAUUAAAAUUGUACACAUUUUCAUUAAUAUGUUCUUUGCUUACGCCUAAAUUAAUGAAAACAUUGUUGAAAUUGUAAGGGGGAUGUGGAAAUUGCGCCUCUGUUCUCUGUAUAACAACAUGGCUUCUAAUUGUGAACUAUGGAACUAGAAUAUAGUUGCCUCUGAAGAUCUUAAGAUUGGUACGUCAGGCCACAUUAAGUUUGUGCAUGGUUUGUGUGCGUGAUAAACUUUACAAUAUUAUUCAAUUAAGCCAAUUUAGGUCUAUAAAGUGUCAUUAGUUUAUAGUCUAACAAGAAACCUUUCUUGUAAAAUAUUGCGUAUAAU